CUAGCAACAGGCCAAACAAUCACACUGGGCUCCACACACAGCCAGAGAGAGAGAUCAUCAUUACCUCCAUGCUGUACACUGCAAAGGCUCCCAGACGUACAGAACAGCUCUGAGCUUCAAUUACCUGCCACAGAUAUAUAAUGCAGGCAUCUUCUCGUGUCCCCAGAGGAUGGCACAUACCAUGAAUGAAGCCAAGCAAACGCUUAAGACCUUGGAACAACGUUAUAGACUCCUGCAACAACAGCAGACGACUUUCAUCCACGCUUUGGAGCGAACCCGUGUGAACGCCAAUGAUAGGGUCAAGGGGGUGAGGAACCUGCAACAGGUGCGUAACUACUUAGACAACUACUGUAACAACAGCACAGACAAGCGCAUUCUGUCCCACUUUCUGGAUACCUGUACACAGUUGGCAAAUCUGUGCGUUAUGCUGGCAGCAAUGCAGUCUGAAACAUCAUCAGCAAGAGGCAUCACAGAGGAGACCACCAAUCUUCUCAGGGCCACCAAUAACCUGUCCGCUCUGAGAGCCAAAUAUCCUCAUGAUGUUUUGAACCACCUGAGCUGUGACGAGGCAAAGAACUUUUAUGGUGGAGUAGUUAGCCUCAUCCCGAUAGUUCUGGAUAACAUCCGGGAGGCUGUGUCCAGGAUGGAGAGCUCACAACAGCAGUCGUGCAUUAUGGGAACCAGAGAUGCCGCUGGUCAGAUAAACAGGAGACCCAGUGCCACCAAACCAGGUUAUAGUAGUGACAAACAAAGCACUGGGGUUCAAACCAGAGUCAGCCAGGGAGAUUCAUCUCUCCAGAUAAACAAAACCAAUGGCUACAUAGACUCAUUCAAACCAGCCUGGAGGCCACCUGGGAGGUCCUAUACCACUUAAAUGUCAAGGACCCCGCCCCCCCCUUCCUUCCCCCAAAUCCACAAGAAAAAGAAUCAGAUCUAAAUUGGGCAUCUUCUAGCAAUGGAGACAGCAGCCACAUAGCCUAGUGCUCGUGUCUCCUUUAUAUAUCUGCACCACAUUAUUUACUGCUGUGAGUGAUAACACAUGCUCUAAUGCAGGGGUAUCUUUCUCUGGCACCUGUUCUAGCGUCAGCCCAGAUACUGCAGGUGCUCACCUGACAUGUUUCCAAGCACUAUAGUUUGCAUACAGUUUAUUCUAAAGGCAGCCCUGUAUUAUAUCCCCAAGCAUGUCGACUUUAUAACAGCUGGAUUUUACCACAUAGGGCGGCAGUUCAUUGCACGUGUUUAGCUACCCUGCCAGCCGUAUUCAUCAAUUAUUCCUUCACCAUCGAGUACCUCAAAAUAAUACAGUUUAAUAGGACACACUAAUUCACCAUACUGCUAUUCCACUUUAUCAUGUCAUCUAAUGGAUUUAUAUGUAUGUUUCUGUAGCCUAGGAAUUGAAAUACUAAUCUCAAUAUACACAGAGUUAAUUAAAACAGGAAGUUAGAGUAUGCUUGUAAUUCAACCCAUGUCAUCUCUUCUCUGUAGGGUAAAUAGCCGCAAGCCCAUCCCUUGCUGUGGACCAUCUUCAGUAAUACAGAACGCGUCACUUACUUGUACCUUAGAUUUGGAUAGGUUCUGGAGUCAAUUCUAGAAUUAAACGCACUUUGAAGCCUA